AUGACCUUCUCAUUCGGAUUUCAACUCGAUGACGAUAAUCAAGGCGUCACUACGAAUACUACGACUAUUGACACCAACGUCGAUGAGAGUUUGCAUCCAUGGACUGAUAUCAAAGUAGAAGAUUUGAUCUCACAACUUCCUCCUUUAUUGUCUUAUUCCUCUGUUGAUAUACCGCACUCUUCAAUCACACCAAUAGCACGAAGAGAUUUAUUCGAUGCACGCUUUCAAUUGAUAGACGCAGACGAGGACCAAGCUAUCAUCAGUGGUGACAGUGACCUUAUUCCAGGAAAGUAUGAGGGUGGCUUGAAAACCUGGGAGUGUUCAGUAGAUUUAGUUCAACAUUUACACCAAUGUCAAUACGAUUUUAGGGAAAAGAAGCUUUUAGAGAUUGGAUGUGGAACUAGCUUACCAUCUCUCUAUGCUUAUCGAAGCAUGUUGGAACAAUCAGGGCCGAAAAAUGCAGUUAUUCAUUUUCAGGAUUACAACUUACAGACAAUACAACUCGUCACAUUCCCAAAUAUCUUUUUGACCUGGUAUAUUACACAGUUUAACAAAGGCCCUGAAGGAGAGAUAGAAAUUAACGAGACUAUCAUAGAGCAAUUCAAACAACAUUUGCGGGACGUCAAUAUAGAAUUGCGCUUUUCAUACGGCGCUUGGAAGGCUAUAAAUGAGCAUUAUGAUUAUAUUUUCACCAGCGAAACGGUAUAUAGAACAGCAUCUAUUCCAACACUAGUAGAACUCAUAGAAUCAUCGACUCAUAAAGAUACAAUUACACUUAUUGCUUCAAAAUCUGUUUACUUUGGCGUAGGUGGCGGUGUACGCGAGUUUAGUGAUUAUGUUACAAGUAAAGGUCACUCAGUAGACCCUGCCUGGAGUAGUAAAGGUUCAGGGGUAGUACGACAUAUUCUCAGCUUCAAAUUAUAG